AAGGCGGAAGUGGCUGCCAGCUGACGGAUCCCGGUAUCAUGGCGGCUACUGCUGCGUCCGCCGCUCUGAAGCGGCUGGAUCUGCGGGAUGCCGCGGCGCUUUUCGAGACUCAUGGGGAGGAGGAAAUCCGUGGGCUAGAGCGCCAGGUUCGGGCCGAGAUCGAGCACAAGAAGGAGGAGCUGCGGCAGAUGGUGGGUGAGCGGUACCGCGACCUGAUCGAGGCGGCAGACACCAUCGGCCAGAUGCGCCGCUGCGCCGAGGGGCUGGUGGACGCGGUGAAGGCCAGCCGCGGCUCUUCGAGACUCAGGGGGAGGAGGAAAUCCGUGGGCUAGAGCGCCAGGUUCGGGCCGAGAUCGAGCACAAGAAGGAGGAGCUGCGGCAGAUGGUGGGUGAGCGGUACCGCGACCUGAUCGAGGCGGC